CAAUCGCCGAUCAUUUCGGCUUUUCCAAUCUAUGUCUACUGCCUCUCAUCUCCAACUAUAAUGUUCUCUUUUUUCAAGGACUUGUCUGUGUUGGAAUUCUGUGUUUAUGCAUAUUUUUUUGAAAAAUCAAAAUUCUGCAUAGACAUAUGAGAGUUAUGGCUAAAUCUGCAGUGCAAAUAAUGACUGGUCAUUUCUGGGUCUGGAGAUUCUUCUUUUGAAACUGUGAGCUUAGGGCAUUUAGGUGUGAGUAGGCACUAAAAAGGUUCCCUUUUAUGGAAAUGGGAUCUGCUUUUUCAACAUCUCAUCAUACCUAAAAUAAUAGUAAUAAAAUUGCUGAGAAAUCAUCAUAUCAAUUUUCAGAUGUUGUGGUCUCAUCUUUUUCUUUCAAGUAAAAUAAAUAAAUUUAUUUGACUCAUUAUUGUUUGGGAUCUCCUCCUUUUUUGCAGGCCCUGUUUUGAAUUGAAAAAGAGAAUUGUUUGAGGAACCAAAUAAUGGAAGGAGAUACAUUUUCAGUGUUAGGUAAUAAUGGUACACAAAUAGAUGGUAAGGUAUUUCAAACAUUUCAAAAGAGCUUUGUACAAGUGCAGAACAUAUUGGAUCAGAAUAGGUUGCUAAUCAAUGAGAUAAACCAGAAUCAUGAGUCAAAGAUCCCUGAUAAUUUGAGCAGAAAUGUUGGUUUAAUCAGAGAGUUAAACAAUAACAUCAGAAGGGUUGUUGACCUUUAUGCAGAUCUUUCAUGUUCUUUUACCAAAUCAGUAGAUGCUUCAUCUGAAGGGGAUUCUAGUGGAAAAGCUACACAUAAGAGGAGCAAACCUCUUUAGAAGGAGCAAAAAUCCCCAAAUUCGAAGAAGAUAAAUUAAUGGUUAGAUAUUAGUAUAACUUUUUUUUUUUUUUUGUUUCUUCUAGUAGUUGUACUUUUUUUUAGUAACUUACUCAGAAAUAAUGACCCCCCCCCCCUUAAGAAAGAAAUCUAUUUCCUUUGUUAAUGUGCCCUGCAGAUCUAAUUGAAUCAAAAAUAUCAUCUUGCUGGUAAA